AUGCUGAAGGAGUCCAAUACCUUUGGAAUGACGAUUGAUAAACAUACUAUAUUCGAAACAUCUAAUCCCCUAACGGAAUCUGUUAAACAUUUACCAGGGAUUACUUAUGAAAGUCGAGUACUUGGUCAUUUUCAAAAUCCUGAGUUGUUUCAUUCACCUGCCUCACUACCUAAACUGACUCCAUCCCCAGACGUUAAGAAUAGAUCUCAUUUAUCCAGUAUAAACAAUAAACCAUUGGUUCUGAAUAUUUCUAAUCCCAGAUUUCCACCAAUAAAUUCAUCCAAAUCGACGACCACCAAUGAUUUUAGCGGAUUAUGGCCGCCAAAUAUCUCACUGUCCAACCGUAUUAUCAACAAAAAUAAUGAUGGUUCACUGAUAUUACAAAAUGAUAGUUUUAUUCCCAAAGCACUGUCUGACCAACAAGAUUUUCGCAUUCCAACUAGCAUAAUCAAUGAUCAAAUAGUUGUUCAAAACCCCUCAUCGAUCUGUCUUGCGGCAAAUAAUAUUUCUGUAACCAUUUCCCCUGCCUUACCAAACCUCAUAACUUCGUCUGCAUUUUGUUGUCCAACACGUUUCAUUCCAGAAAGUGUAAAAACAACUGUAUCAAAUCGAACAUUCUGUUUUGUCAGUUCGAGGAAUGUGGCAAAACUACCGAGUGUGUGCGUUCAUUCAACAUUAAUAAAUCAAGAAAUUCACUCUAGUGUUGCAGCUCCAGAUGUAAGUUACUGUGGUGCAAUACCUUAUCCUCGUUCCCAACCGCCCAGAAAAUCGGGGGAUGUUUCACAAGUUCCCGUCAGUACACUAUCUUCUUUUGUCAACGAAACCAAUCAUUUAGAAGAAUCCUGUCUUGAUAUAGCUAAUCUAAAAAAUGCUCCUGAUAAGUCGAUCCAGCAGCAUGAGCUAUCUCCACCUAAAAAUUUAUUCCAUUGUGAUUACUGUACUUUUACGUCUUCGAAUUCCGAUCGUCUUUUUCGACAUAUAAAUUCACGGCAUUUAUCAUCGCUUGAGCAUGAUAAGGUAAAACCUUCAUGCCUUCAAGUUUAUCCGACAUCUUUAUCUGAUAUUUCGAAUCAAAUUAUUAUCACAUCUGAUUAUUCUUCGUUAUCGUCAUCUUCGUUUUCGAUUACUAAUUCCACUUCAUCGUUACCGGUUACUGAUUCUACUUCUUCAAACGUAUUUGAAACAACAGUAUCUAAUACUCCUUCGACUUUUACAACUCACGAUAAUAAUAACUAUAGGUCUUGUAAUCUACUUCCAUCCGAAUCGUUCCCAAAUAUACCGGUUACAGUUUGUAUAAGUAAAUCUACUUGUAAAAAUUCUUCACACAAUACUCUAUCAAAGUCGUCAAGUCGUCGAAAACAAAGUUUUCCAUUCAAGAUGCCGGCUGGUUCAGACCUAAUCCAAUUGCCUGUUGUUUAUUCAAAUAAUCGUUUUUGUGAUUUACCACUUCAGAGCGUUGAAUUAUCAGUGAAUAAUAAAGGAAGUACACUUCUAAAUGAAUCUUCGGGUUCAUCCUAUGCGUCUGGUAGUACAUUAGAUGAUACCUGUGAUGAAAAAGAUUCAGUAUUUUUAGGAUUUACUCAUAUGGGAUCAUCACGGAAAAGGCUACAUUCUCCGGAGGGUUCAGAAACAAGUUUAUUCCAUUCAUCGAGUCAACAAAAAAAUAGACAUCGAAAGAAUCGUAUUACAAGUAAUCGCCAUAAUGUCACGUCAUUAGUUGAUCGUGGAAAGUCAAUCAAUUUUUCAUCCUACAUGACAAUUUCAAAGCAAGAAACCAAAAGAUAUUUUACUAGUAAAGAGUCUACUCUUCUACCAGUAAACUCCUCUUUUCCACUACGUGAUAUAUCAGUUACAUUGGAACGUUUAAAUGAUAUUCCGGAAUACAGUCAUACUGAUUCAGAUUCAUCUAUUAUAAAUAUAAGUUCCACCUCAUCCGAAUAUUCUUACCAAGAUACCCAACGUUUGACACCAGAUAAAAUUGAAAACCCUGAAUUAGAAAAACAAAGAAUGAAAGAUGGGUUUUCUCUUUCUUAUGAUAAUUUCAAAAGUAGCGAACAAGGUACUCUGUCACAUAAACAUAACGAAUUAAAUGAAGACUCUGAGCAAAUUAAGAAACAUCCAUACUUAAAUGAGCUUCCAGUCGCCGUAGAUUCUAAUCAAAUUGAGAUGCUUAAAAUGUCAAAUAAUCGUCGCAGACCAUCUGGUGCGAAAAAAUACUCUAAACAGCUUGAAAUUCCUGACGAGUUUUUAACUUUGCAGUCUCGAAGUGAAAUGGAAGCUGAUGAACUUCAAGUGGAUAUUUUGACAGGAGAAAUAUUUGUCAAGAACAUACCUUUGCGGUCUCUAGUUACAGGUUUGAAGCGUCCACGAUUUUACCAGUUAGAACUGGAUUAUAAAAAAUAUUUACCUCGAGGUGGUCGUAGUCAACCUUUUAGAAAUUCCAAAGGUCAGCAUCCUUUUUCAAAUAAUUCAAAAAAUGUACACAAAGUUAACAGUGUAAUUACAACAGCUAACAAACGAUCAAACAAGGAAAAAAAGUAAUCACUAAAGCUAAUCCAAAUAAAUUUAAUAAUGCUCAAAUAUAUUGUAAUGUCUUAUCAUAACAUUAUUUAUUCAGUUGUCAUAAUUUUUCUUUUUCCAUCCUUCAUUAAUCAACAGCUCAUUCUGUAAAUAAUAAUAAUAACAAGAAGAAGAACAUUGUCACCGAUGAUAACACUUAAUAAUUCUAUAAUAUAUUUCUAAUGUGUCUAUAAUUUCAGGUUAAUUUAUAUGUAUGUGUAAGCAUUUAAUUGUGUUCUUGUUUCAUAUUUUUGUAUACUUUUUUAUUUACUAAUCCUAUUAAGAUUUCCAUCUAUAUGUAUAUAUAUCCUAAAUUCUUUUUUUUGUUUACUUUGUAUAUUCGUUGUAUAAAUUCAACAACAACAACAACAACAACAAAAAUGUAGUCGUUUAUUCUAUGUUUUAUUCAGUUCAUUUAUUAUAUUAUAUUAAAGUAACUAAAAAUUACGUUGAUUACACUGAUUUCUAUGAGUUUUUCUUUAUUACAAAUUUUUUUUAAAAAAAAAAUUAUUUUCAAAAUAAUCAGAGUUCAUCGGCAAAUGAAUUGAGCUUUGAUCUUUUAGUCUUUCAAAGUUAACUAUUUAUCACCAUAGAAAUAAGAUAAUAAAUAAUUUUAUAGUUGAUUUUUAGAAAAUUAAUUGAAUAUUAAAGAGUAUUAGAUGGAUAUUUUAUGUCUUCCUUAGAUUUUUUUCAGGAAAUACAUUAAACUCAAGCUGUUCA